AGCUGUAGGGCUAUUCGUUAAAACUGCAAACGACGUGAUAGAAGAUGCCUGAUCCCGUGAAAGCGCCGAAGAAGGGCUCAAAGAAAGCCGUCUCCAAGAGCGUCACCAAGACCGGCAAGAAGAAGAGGAAGACCAGGAAGGAGAGCUACGCCAUCUACGUGUACAAGGUCCUGAAGCAGGUCCACCCCGACACCGGCAUCUCGUCCAAGGCCAUGCUGAUCAUGAACUCGUUCGUGAGCGACAUCUUCGAGCGCAUCGCCGGCGAGUCCUCCCGUCUGGCUCACUACAACAAGCGCUCCACCAUCACCUCCAGGGAGAUCCAGACCGCCGUCCGCCUGCUGCUGCCCGGUGAGCUGGCCAAGCACGCCGUGUCUGAAGGCACCAAGGCCGUGACCAAGUACACCAGCUCCAAGUAAACCCGCUGCUGCACCACCAACACAAAGGCCCUUUUCAGGGCCACCCACUGCUUCAACUAGAGCUCUUUCCUGUUGACGUAUGUAGUAAUUACACCUCCUGUCUCUUCAUCUUAGUCUUUGCCAUAAUAAUGUUCUGUUCCGAUUGUGCAUCAACUCCGACCUUUACUUUGUCAUGUGCUGGAUAUAUGAAUGUUUACAUUCAUACGUUCCUGCGGACCAAGCAAUUUGUAGAAAUAAAUUCCUCCUUUUUAAUCCGA